GGAUGGGGACAUGCCAGCCAUGCUCCAUCCCCCUGGAUUCAUUUCCCACUCCAUGUCCCAUGUCUGAGGUGUCCCCAGGAGGGUUUGGCUGCGUUGGGCUCCUAGAGGGCCAGUGCCAGGCCUCGUUGUCCCCAGUGGUCCUUGAGUGUCCCAAACUCAGGGUUCAGGAUCUUGGAGAGGUUCUCUGGCCAUGGCCAUGGCCAUGACACAAGCACGAGAUGGCCAUGAGAUGAGAAUGACCAUGAGUGACACAACCCUGAGAUGACCAUGACCAUGGGAUGACCAUGACUGUGACCAUGACCAUGACAGAACCACAACCCUGACCAUGAGAUGAUUUGGACCAAGAGAUGAUCAUUGGUUGGCCAUGGCACAACCACAGCCUUGAGGUGACCCUGACAUGAUCAUGGCCAUGAGGUGACAAUGAAGUGACAAUGUCAUGAUUGUGAGAUGACCAUUACAGUGAGAUGACCCUGAGCAUGAGAUGAUGGUGAUCAGCAAAUGACCAUGACCAUGUGAAGGCCAUGAGAUUACUGUGACCAUGAGAUGAUCACCACCAUAUGGCCCAACCACAGCUGAGAGAUGACCAUGAUAAGAUUGUGGCAAAUGAGUUGAACGUGAGAUGAUCAUAAAAUGACCAUGACACAACCAGGACCAUGGGAUGACCAUUACAAUGAGAUGACCAUGACUGUGAGAUGACCAUGAGCAUGAGAUGAUUGUGACCAAGAGAUGACCAUGAGAUGAUCGGAACACACCAUGGCCAUGUGUGAUCAUGGUCAUGACACGACUGUGAGAUGACCAUUACAGUGAGAUAACCAUGAGAAUACUGUGAUGGUCAUCAGGAAAUGACCAUCACCAUGAGAUGGCCAUGAGAUGACUGUGACCAUGACACAACCAUGAUCAUAAGAUGACCACUACAGUGAGAUACAACUGUGACCAUGAGAUCACCGUGACCAUGAGAUUGUAGUGAUCAAGACAUGACCACAAUGCAACCAUGGCCAUGUGGCGAUCAAGGCCAUGAGAUCACCUUGACUGUGACCAUAAUACAACCACAACCAUGAAAUGAUCAAGAUCAUGACAAGAUUCAAGAGCUGACCAAGAGAUAACCAUGACCAUGACACAACCACAGAUGUAAGAUGACCAUGAUGUGAUUGUGGCCAUGAGUUGACCAUGAGGUAACAAUGAGAUGACCAUGACAUGGCUGUGAGAUGACCAUGACAUGACUGUGAGCAUGUGAUAACUGUGACCAAAGACCAUGAAAUGACCACAACACAUCAUGGCCAUGUGGUGAUCAAGGCCAUGAGACAAUUGUGAGAUGACCACAAUCAUGACAUGAUUAUGACCAUGAGAUGAUCGUUACAAUGAGAUGACCAUGACCAUGGAAUAACCAUGACUGUGACACAACCAUUGCUUUGAUGAUGUAAUUGUGACCAUGAGAUGACCAUGAGAUGAUCAUGACUAAAUUAUGGCCAUGGGGUGAUCAAGACCAUGAGCUGACCUUGACCAUGCAAUGACCAUGAUACAACCAUGACCUUGAGAUGACCAUUACAGUGAGAUGACAGUGAGCAUGAGAUGAUGGUGAUCAGGAGAUGACCAUGCAAUGAUCAUGACACAACCGUGAGCAUGAGAUGUUUGAGAUUAGGAGAUUAACACAAUAUAACCAUGUCUAUGAAAUUAUUGUGGCCACAGGUGACCACAACCAUGAGAUAAUGGUGAUAAAGAGAUUAUUAUGACCACAAGAUGACCAUGACCACGAGAUGACCAUGACCAUAACCAUGAUACUAAUUUGACAGAACUAUGAUCAUGACUGUGACCAUGACCAUGAGAUGAUGGUAAUCAGGAAUGAUAUGAGCAUUAUGGUGAGUUGACUAUGAGCAUGAGAUGAUGGUGAUCAGGAAUUGACCAUAACCAUCAUGGUGACACCAUGACUGUGAUGGUGACACGACUACAACUGUGACAUGACCAUGAGCAUGACAUAUUGAGACCAAGAGAUGACCAUGAGAUGACCAUGACUAUGACCAUGACACAACCAUGGCCAUAAGGUAAUGAAGAAAUGUCCAUGACUGUGACCAUGACAUAACAAUGACUCUGAGAUGACCAUGGCCGUGGGGAAUUGUGACCAAGAAAUGACCACAACAUGACCAUGACCAUAACAUGAUCCUGACCAUGAGAUGACCAUGAGCAUGAGAUGAUUCUGACCAUGACACAAUUGCGGCCAUGAGAUGACCAUGAUACAAUUAUGGCCAUGAGCUGACCAUGAGAUGACCACGACCCGGCCAUGGUCUGGAGCUCCCCAGACCCCGUCACUGCCCUCACCCCCAGGUUCAUCCUUUACUGAAAUUGUUCAUUUCCCAUGGAAAAUACGGAAAUCUGAGCAGGGCGCAGCCAAUGGAGCGCCGGGAAAUCAGGGAUGUCACAGGUUGCCAGGCAGAGCAGAUUUCCCCUACCCGCCCUUGGCGCGGCAGCCAAUGGGAAACCGCGUGUUUGGUGACGUCACCGCGCUAAUGCGGAAGUGGCGAGCGCGGGGGCUGCCGGGAUCGGGGCGGCGGUCGCGGAUCGCGAUUGAUCCCGAUUGGUUCCGAUCGAUCCCGACUGAUCCCCAUCGAUCCCCAUCGGCUCCCAUCGAUCCGCGGCCUUUCCCCGCCGCGAUGUUCUUCACCUGCGGCCCCAACGAGGCCAUGGUGGUGUCGGGUUUCUGCCGCAGCCCCCCGGUGAUGGUGGCCGGGGGCCGGGUGUUGGUGAUCCCAUGCCUGCAGCAGAUCCAGCGGAUCUCCCUGAACACGCUGACGCUGCCUGUGCGCAGUGAGAAGGUUUACACCCGCCACGGGGUGCCCAUCUCCGUCACCGGCAUCGCACAGGUGAAGAUCCAGGGGCAGAACAAGGAGAUGCUGGCAGCUGCCUGCCAGAUGUUCCUGGGCAAGUCGGAGAGCGAGAUCGGCCAGAUCGCCCUGGAGACGCUGGAGGGCCACCAGCGCGCCAUCAUGGCCCACAUGACUGUGGAGGAGAUCUACAAGGACCGGCAGAAGUUCUCGGAUCAGGUUUUCCGCGUGGCCUCCUCUGACCUGGUGAACAUGGGCAUCUCCGUGGUCAGCUACACCCUCAAGGACGUGCACAACGAGCAGGAUUACCUGCGCUCCCUCGGGAAGGGCCGCACGGCGCAGGUGCAGCGCGACGCCCGCGUGGGAGAGGCCGAGGCCAAACACGACGCCGGGAUCCGCGAGGCGCAGGCGCGGCAGGAGCAGGUGUCGGCGCAGCUGCUGAGCGAGGAGGCCACGGCGCGAGCCCAGCGCGACUUCCAGGUGGCCCAGGCUGAGUGUGAUGGAGCCGUCAGCGCCCGCAGGGCCACGGCUGAGCUGGCCUUCCAGCUGCAGGUGAGGCCACACCUGGACAGGGAACACAGCUGGGACAGGGAGCAAACACACCUGGGACAGGUAACACUUGGGAGUGUCACAGGGCCAUGGCCUAUCUGGUGUUUCAGUUACAGGUAACUCACACAUCUGGGGAUAGGUAGCAAACACACCUGGGGGGGCUGGAAUGGGGCCUGGGAGCUCACCUGGAGCACAUGGAACCUUCCAGAACUCCUGGAACCUCCAAAUGCUGGGGUUUUCUCCCAAAUUUGGGUCUCUUGGGUCACCUGAGGACGCCCCCAGGCUGCCUGAGCUCCCCCUAGAGAUACCUGGCUCCCCCUGCCUGGUGUCAUCACAUUCCCUGUGAUCCAUGUUGGGAACACCCCUGGCUGCUUCUCCUUUUGGUUUGGCCUUAAUUUUCCUCUGCUUCACCUUCAUUCUUUAAAAACACCCCAAACUGGGUUAAAUGAAGGAAAUUGAUUGAAUAUAUCUGCAGUUCCACAAUUUCUCAGUUGUUUUAGAGGGAAUUCAGGAUUUGGGGACAGGUUCUUUGUGGAGUGCUGCUGUUACUAAGAGGCAGGAAUUUGAUCUCACCCUUCUUAUGUUGCUAAGAGCUCCUCCCCUGACCCAAACCCCAACUCCACCCUUGGAUACCCUAUAAAAACUCCAUGGCCCUGCCUUUGCCCUGUCUUUGGGGGGUAAGAAAUGGAUUCCCAAAGGAUCAGCCAUUUUCCCACUGGAUUCCCAGAGGAUCAGCCCUUUUCUCACUGGAUUCCUAAUGGAUCAGCCUCAUUCUCUACUGGAUUCCCAGAGGACUCUGACUCUGUCACUUUUUCUUUUGUUUGUACUACUGCAUUUGUAUUUUUAAUUUUUCUUAAUAAAGAACUGUUAUUUUUACUCCCA